AUGAUCAACUCGGACGCAAAGUUGGCGCAGAGGGAAGUGGACAAAGCCGACGAGAAAUACUCUGCUCCACGCCUGUUGCCUCCCAUUCCGGAGUCGUAUCAGCCCGCCAAGGCCAUCACCAAGCUUCCGGCAACGUCGUCGCUGGAAGACAUUCUCGCCAUUCUUGAGCGAGAUGGUGGUGUUAUCUUGACUGAUUUUGUUUCCCUAGAAGAGUUGGACAAGAUUGAUGAAGAGCUGGAGCCCUACACAAAGUCUUCUAUUGCCGACGAUGAUUCCUACAACAACUUUAUAGGAAAAAAGACUCUUGUUAUUCCGGGUCUCGUAGGGAAGUCGGACACCAUCGCCAAUAUUCUCGAUACGAAUGAAACUAUAGACAAGCUGCUCAAGGUAAUUCUAGAAGAGAGGUACCCUGCCGUUUUCGAGCAGCACACCGAGGAGCUGGUCGUUGACCCGUUGCUGAGUAUUUGCAUGGGUUUUCACGUCGGCCAUGGCUCUCCACGCCAAGCCCUACACAGAGACGACAUGAUUUUCUCAAGCAAACAUCGCCCCGAUAUGAAGAUUAAUGAAGUAGAUGGCUUUAGCUGCUUCCUUGCUGGAACCAGGAUCACGCGCGCAAACGGCGGCACCAUGGUCAUUCUUGGUUCCCACAAGUGGGAGCAUGAUAGGCGUGGCAGGCCCGAUGAAGUUUCCUUCCUUGAGAUGGAACGUGGCUCUGCUUUCAUUUUUCUCAGCACCCUGGCCCACGGCGCGGGAUAUAAUACCAUCCCUGGCGAGAUUCGCAAGAUUACAAAUCUCGUCUUUUGCCGAGGAACUCUGCGUACAGAGGAGAACCAGUUCUUGUGUGUUCCCCGGAGCAAGGUGUUAAAGAUGAGUCCCAAGAUGCAGACGUUGCUUGGGUUCAAGAAACCAGAAGGUAGUUGGUUGGGAAUGGUGGAGAAUGAAGACCCUGCGAAAGACCUUGAGGCUAUUUAUGAGAGGAUUCUCAAGUAA